AUGGAUCUCAUGGACGGCACCCUCGGGCGCUUUCUGAGCGACGCCGACGCCGGCUUCGACCCGCUUUACGACACCCUCGUCAACAGCCCGCUCGCGGAUGGCGAGUUAUUUCAGUUCCUGUACGCCCAGCUCGUCCUGAAGGCGGUCUUCGACUGGAAGGUCUUGGACGUGAUGCUGAACGGCCAGCUGCGCGGGGAUAACAUCGGGGUGCGCUCGCUGGCGUCGCCCGGGCUCGACGGGCCCCCUGGGGGGGGGCCGUUUCGGGGGAUUCUCAUCGCCUUUGAGGCCUUUCCGCGCGCGGGCCGCCGUUAUCUGCGCUUUCCCGCGGAUCUCGCGGCGGAUUCGUGCGGGGCCGCGCGGACGAUGCGGUUUAUCCAUUUCCUCGACCUCGCCCAGGGCUUCCAGCCGGAGAUCAACCACCUGGUGGCGAAAGGCCUCCUCGGGGAGUGCGUCUUGUUGAGCUCCUGCAUGGAGGAUGACAUUUUGGGGCGCUAUUGGCCACCCCACGAGCUCUACUGUCGCGAUCUCGGCGUGUGCGGGGCGCUGGGGGAGAAAGUCGUGGACUGGGGACGCCACCUCCGCAUCCAUUCCAAGGCCGACGCCCGCGAGGCCCUCCAGCAGCUUUUCGAGCUCUAUUACCCCCAAUACGGGAUCGAAAAUCCAACCGAGGAGGUCCGGCAAACCCACGCGGUGUACGAGUGGAAUCCAGAAGUGGUGGAGACGCUGAGCACGUCGUACGUUUUUCUUCCGAAUAAUUCAGACUCCCCACAUAGCCCAUGCGAGAUGGACGAAUGGUCGGCAUAG